GAGAGGCAAACAAAAAUAAAAGAAAGAAGAAGCUCCACUUCCAAAUUCAUUCUCUCGAUUCAUUCCUUUUUCUCCAUUGACAAAGCACCAAAGAGAGAAAAUUCCAAAAAAGCAUAAGAACAUCGAUACGCCUGUAUAACUUUUGGUGAUCCAUAUUCAAAUCCCAAGGAAAAGCUUCCGAAAUCAGAAUCCCUAGAUCUGGUACGCGAAACCUCCGCCGUCUGAUCCUUUCCGCUGGAUCCGCGAUGCCGGUGGCCGCCUCCGCCAUUUACUUCUUGAACCUCCGAGGCGAUGUUCUCAUCAACCGUCUAUAUCGCGACGAUGUCGGGGGGAAUAUGGUGGAUGCUUUUCGGACCCAUAUAAUGCAAACCAAAGAGCUUGGUACUUGCCCUGUGAGGCAAAUAGGCGGAUGCUCUUUCUUUUACAUGAGAAUAAGCAAUGUCUACAUUGUGAUUGUUGUCAGCAGCAAUGCGAAUGUAGCUUGUGCGUUCAAGUUUGUUGUUGAGGCGGUUGCAUUAUUCAAAUCUUAUUUUGGUGGUGCUUUUGAUGAGGAUGCAAUCCGUAAUAAUUUUGUUCUAAUUUAUGAGCUGUUAGAUGAAAUUAUGGAUUUCGGUUACCCACAAAAUCUGUCUCCAGAAAUUUUGAAGCUGUACAUCACUCAGGAAGGAGUGCGAUCUCCAUUCUCUUCUAAGCCUGCGGAUAAGCCUGUCCCUAAUGCGACUCUACAAGUUACGGGUGCUGUUGGUUGGCGGAGAGAGGGCCUUGUUUAUAAGAAGAAUGAGGUCUUUUUGGAUAUCGUGGAAAGUGUAAAUCUUCUUAUGUCUUCAAAAGGUAGUGUUCUGCGCUGUGAUGUAACUGGGAAGAUCCUAAUGAAGUGCUUUCUUUCUGGAAUGCCUGAUCUAAAGUUGGGUUUAAAUGAUAAGAUUGGCCUUGAGAAAGAGUCGCAACUGAAAUCACGUCCUACUAAAAGCGGUAAAACAAUUGAGCUUGACGAUGUUACCUUCCAUCAAUGUGUAAACUUGACGAGGUUUAAUUCAGAGAAGACUGUCAGUUUUGUGCCACCAGAUGGGGAAUUUGAAUUGAUGAAGUACCGAAUCACUGAGGGCGUGAAUCUUCCUUUCCGUGUGCUGCCUACUAUUAAGGAACUUGGUAGAACACGAAUGGAAGUAAAUGUGAAGGUGAAGAGUGUCUUUGGGGCCAAAAUGUUUGCACUUGGGGUCGUCAUUAAAAUUCCAGUGCCGAAACAAACUGCUAAAACAAGCUUUCAAGUUACGUCCGGUCGAGCAAAAUAUAAUGCUGCUAUUGAUUGCUUAGUGUGGAAGAUAAGGAAAUUUCCUGGGCAAACUGAACCAACAAUGAGUGCAGAGGUUGAGCUGAUUUCCACAAUGGCAGAAAAGAAGUCAUGGACAAGGCCACCAAUUCAGAUGGAGUUUCAGGUUCCAAUGUUUACUGCAUCUGGCUUGCGCGUCCGUUUUCUCAAGGUGUGGGAGAAGAGUGGAUACAACACAGUUGAGUGGGUUCGCUAUAUCACGAAAGCCGGUUCAUACGAAAUUAGGUGCUAAAAACUUUGGAUUGCCGUUGCGGGACUUUGGAUUCCUGAGGUUGGAGACUUAUAUAUUUGAUUGAUACUCAACGAGAAAAUUGUUGCAAGACUUUGCCUUGUUAACAAUAUAAAACGAUUAGGCAUUUUUUUGUUGGAUAUAGUGUUUUGUCGAUAUGUUUGUGCAAUUAUGCUUAAUUACUUAUGUUUGAUGUUCUGUUGUAAAUGCUAGUUCCAUUUUCUCUUACAACUGGUGAUAUGAGCAUUUAUUCUUUCC